AUGUCGCCGAUGAAUGGGGUACCAGGAGAAAGCCGCGGAGCUGACCUGGCGAGCGCUUUCGCGGGCCGGGUGUCUAUCAACACUGCCCUCACUGCAAUUGAAAGCGAUGGACACGCGAUAUCAUAUGCCGAAUUGCUCGCAAAAUCAUUAUACCUUGCCGAUAAAGUCCGUCAGAUGGACCCGUUGGCGAGUACCCCUGUUGGAAUUCUCAUUCCAAGAGGAAUCAACCAUAUUCUCGCCCAGUUGGCCGUUGUAUACGCUGGGAAGGCAUGCGUGCCACUUGAAAUGAAAAUGGACGACGAUGGGCUAAUUCACAUCCUUGAGAACCUCCAUAGCACCCUUGUCCUCACGGACGAAGCGAAUGCACAUCGGCUGGGGGGCUUCAGGUACAUCCUUGUCGAGCACAGAGUCAUUGACACGGAUGACAUGAACGUGCCGACUCCCUCCUCGACAUCGAUAACCGGCCCUAGAAGCUGCUCCCACAUCUUCCAUACCUCCGGCACCUCCGGCAAGCCCAAGGCCGUUGAGCUGUUUGCCUCCGGGCUUCUGAAUCUCUGUCUCGACCCCGACGCCAAUUGGAUCAAGCAAGGUCAACGGGUGGGCCACGCAGCAAGCGUCGUCUUCGAUAUCUCGCUCAUCGAAAUCUGGGGAAGCCUACUCAACGGCGCGACGAUCGUUGUUCUCCCGACCGAAAUCGUCCUCGACCCCCUGGCGCUGUCCACUUUCAUCAAAGACCAGCGCCUUGAUGUUUUACAACUUACAACCUCGUUGCUCAACGUGACUGCCUAUGCGUGCCCUGGGGCAUUUUCAACGCUCGAUACGUUGAUUACCGGCGGCGAAGCUAUCAAUGCCCAGAGUAUUCGGGCGAUCUUCCAGGCUGGUCCGCCACGGCGCAUUAUCAAUGGGUAUGGACCUACCGAGUGCUGUGUUUAUUGCCUUUGGCACGCUGUCUCACGCAAUGAGGCGCAGCGUGGUUGUAUCCCGGUCGGUAAACCGUUCAGGGAUGUUGAGGUGUACCUGGUCGAUGAGACUUUCAGGCCAGUGGGAGUCGGUGAGGUUGGGGAACUGCUUGUUGCGGGUCCGGGGGUGGCGGGUGGGUAUAUUGGGGACGAGCGAAAGACAGCAGAAAGGUUCAUCUCCCUCCCGCAGGCUGUGAAGCCUUGCAGUCAACAUCCAAGAAUUGCCUACCGCACCGGUGAUCUGAUGCGCCGGGAUGAGCGCGGUGUCUACUACUACAUUGGACGGAAGGACAAUCAGGUCAAGAUCAGUGGGCAGAGAGUGGAGUUAGAGGCGAUCGAGUCUGAUCUUCAAGAGACCGAUCUUGUUCACGCGGCGACCGUUGUCAAGAUCACGCCAGAGCACCUCGGAAGCGCACCCUUCUUGGUGGCAUUCUGCGUCGCUACGUCAGCAGAUGUUACGCCUGCAGCUAUCGCCAGAGACUACAUUGCACGGUUUCCUCGUCUUCUGGUUCCCCGGUUCAAGCUCAUUGAACAUUUUCCACUACAAGCCAGCGGCAAAGUCGAUCGUGGCCAACUGGAGCGCCAAUAUAUGCGAGAGAUAGAGUCUACCCAUCCCAGCGUCAAGGCUGGCGCGUGCCAGUGCAGCAACCUCAAGGACGAUCUGCGCUUUCUAUGGCUUGACGUUCUAGGCCUACCUCAUCACGGGAUCCAACCGGCGGACGACUUCAUUGCGAUGGGUGGCACUUCUUUAAUGGUCGCAACGCUGAUUGCCAGAAUCCAUCAUGCCUUUGGUGUUUCACUGCCCGCCUCGGUGCUCUACGGAAAUAUGACUUUGGACCGACUCGCCGAGUUCUUGACGCAUAUGCGGCCAGACGGCCAAGCAUCUGUUUCUGCACACAAAACGGAUGAGAAGUUGUGGCUGCAGGACUCGGAGUUGGGACGGGAGGUGCACUCUUUGUCGGAUGUCCCGAUAGUCGCGGAUUGGGAGGCCGCAUCCGAAGGCAGAGUCUUCCUCACGGGCGCAACGGGCUUCGUCGGAGCAUUCUUCCUCGCACAGAUUCUUCAGAUCCCUACCGUCACACACGUUUGCUGCCUUGUUCGAGCGGACGAUGAAGCCCACGGGUGGUCACGCCUUCAUCAAACCCUGCAGAAAUACCAGCUGCACCCACCCAAUCUAGACAAGCUAACCGUGCUCCCAGGCUCAUUCGGUAAACCUGACCUCGGCCUGAGCUUUGAGAAAUACGAAUCCUACGCGGAAUGGGCCAGCGUGGUCUUCCAUCUAGGUGCCCAAGUCAACUACCUCGCAACCUACUCAGCGCAUCGACAAGACAACGUCAUAGGGACACUGAACAUGCUCAAAUUCGCAGCCCACAAAAGGAUCAAGCAAACACACUACACUUCUACCAUCGCAGCCUACGGCCCGACAGGCUUCGUAUUAGGGACGAAGUUCCUCCCCGAAGACGAGCGCCCAGCACCACAUAUGCUAGCCCUGCAUUACGACACGGGCUACGCACAGAGCCAACUCGUCGCGGAGAGUAUCGUCUGGAACGCGAUUGACAACGGCCUCCCGAUCGCAAUCUACAGACCGGGGUUUGUAAUUGGGCACAGCGAGACGGGGCUCUGUAACCCGGACGACUUUAUCAGCCGGUUGUUUGCGAGUUGCAUGGAUAUGGGGACUUAUCCGCUCCUCCCGCGCCAACGCAAGGAGUUUGUCUCCGUUGAUUUUGUUGCCGCGGCGUUAUUGCAUAUCUCCCGCUCGCCUGAGAAUAUCGGGCACGCCUUUAACCUUGUCCACCCGGAUAAGGACAGCGCGAUUGAUAUCUCGACCUCGUUUGAGCUGUUGAACCGCCUCGCUUCGCAUCGCCGGAUGAGACCUACUACCUAUACUGAAUGGGUGCAGUCUCUCUCUCUGCGUCCUGAAGACCCUCUGUAUCCUCUUGUGCCGAUGCUGCGGGAGAAGGUCUUGGGUGAGAGGACGAGGUGGGAGGUGUAUGAGGGUAUGGCCGAGUAUGGCCGGAGUAACUUGCAUCGUGCUCUUCGGGACGCCCCAGAGGUUCUCAAUUGUAUUCCUAUGGUCCAGCUUUUUGAGCGGUGCUUGAAGAGUUGGCUGGGUCAGGGUGCACAAGAGGGGAAUGGCAAGUAG